AUGAAUCAGACUCAAGCGUAUCAAGAUUUGGGUACGAGCAACCCACUUGAAUCUCUAGUCAAUAAAACAAACGAUUUUUUAUAUGGUUUAUGGAGAAAUAAGCAUAUUACACAGAAGCAAUACGAAAGACUAAAAGUAAUAAAAGAACAGGCUGAGAUAGCUCACCUGUACUUCCUGCCAAAAGCUCAUAAACCUAAGACACCAUUAAGACCAAUAAUGGCAAGUUUAAAAUCGCCUACUAUAGCCAUAUCCAGAUGGUUAGAUGGUCUAUUGAGACCUGUAUUUAAUCGAUUAGCAAACGAAACAACCAUUCUCAAUGGUAGUCAACUCGUUAAACAAAUCGAACAAUGGUCAGCUAGAUAUCUGACACCCACCACAUCAUUUAUAACAAUGGAUGUGACUGAUUUGUAUACAAUGAUUCCUCAAGAAGGCGGAAUUAGAGCCAUAAGUAAACUGAUGGAAGCAUCAAAUAUAAAACAAAUCGAUGGCGUUAAAAAAGCGAUUAUAUUAGCUCUUGCCAGAUUUGUCAUGACCAACAAUUAUUUCUACUUAGAUGGCUUAUAUUAUAAACAGAUAAGAGGAGGAGCGAUGGGUUCUCCACUCACUCUUACAAUAGCAAAUGCAUACAUGUACUUUGUAGAACGGCCAAUGUCGAAAUGGGCUAUUAGAACAAACUCGCUCUACUACAGAUAUAUUGAUGAUCUAUUCAUCAUGUCUAAUGUAUAUGUUGAUACACUUACAGAAGGAAAACAGGAGUUACGAACGAAUAAUAUCACACAAAAACAACUACGACAAAAACGUCAAUCACUCGGAACUAAUCUUAAUGAUCCUUACUAUGCAUAUAAUCCUGAUUAUAUGGGUGGUAAUAUGCCCAAUGUACAACUUUAUCAAAAUAACGUCAACAAUGGUCAGCAAAGUUCAUGCACGUGUAAUUGUGGUGAGAUGUCCUAUGGGCCACCCGUUAUAUGCACUAAUCCACAAACAUGUGUAGCAUAUUGUUUGCAAAUGUAUCCUGGACAAUGUACUCUGAUCAAUACAUAUGGUUGUUGUGGUUCAUCAUGCAAAUAUUUUCAAUCUCAAUCGCUUCAAAAUAGAUUUUGUACAUGUAACUGUGGCGGUCAACAAUUUUUCAAUCCAACUGAUACAUGCUCAUCAUCCCAAUCAUGUUUAAUACUAUGCCGUUCGAAAUAUCCUCAAACCUGUAUGACAAUAACAACUGAAGCUUGUUGUGGAACUGAUUGUCAAACAUAUUCACAAGCUAUUGCUAAUACAUGUGCCUGUCAAUGUCACGGAUAUACGUAUUAUCCAUCGCCUCGAUGUUCUAGUCCUGAAAGAUGUAUUAAUAUAUGUAUGACAACUUAUGGUACAUGUACAGUAGGUCAAACACAAGGCUGCUGUGGAGCAUCAUGUUCUUCAUAUAUUCCAACAUGCACAUGUAGGUGUGGUUCAAAUUUUAUCGCGUCAACAUCAGUUCCUUGUCAAAAGGGUCGAAAUUGUUUAGAAACGUGUAUGAGUUCAUAUAGCGCAUGUACAGAAGGGAAUACCCGAGCAUGUUGUGGUGCUGAUUGUGCUAAUUCAUAUCUAUCAUGUUCUUGUCUGUGUGGUACAAGUCAAAAUAUACCAUUAAAUCUUAUUUGUGGUUCACCACAACAAUGUGCACAAGCGUGUGUACAAUCGGUCCGCGAAUGUAAUAUUGCAAAUACUCAAGGCUGUUGUGGUGGUAGUUGUUACGGUUAUAUUCCAUCGUGUAAAUGUCAAUGUGGAGGGCAUAUUUAUUAUACCCCAUCAACUUGCAAUACUGCUGAACAAUGUACAAAUGCAUGUAUUAUUCAAUAUGGUUAUACUUGUACACCAAUAAAUACUAUUGGUUGUUGUAAUGGAACGGUUUGUACACGACGAAAUCGAUUUUUAGGUGUUAGUAAAGCAUCAACAUUUCUAUUAUCACAUAUUACCAUUGUAUUGUUGAUAAGUUAUUAUUUUGUUGAAGCCAUCGCAAUUAAUUUUUCUUGA